GGUCCUGAACCUCAGCCCCUCCCCCAGGAGCGCCUGGACCAUGUUGCUGAGUGCCUACUGGCAUGGCCUGCACCCCGGCUACUACUUAAGCUUCCUGACCAUCCCGCUGUGCCUGGCGGCCGAGGGCCGGCUGGAGUCAGCCCUGCGGGGGCGGCUCAGCCCCGGGGCCCAGAAGGCCUGGGACUGGGUGCACUGGUUCCUGAAGAUGCGUGCCUAUGACUACAUGUGCAUGGGCUUCGUGCUGCUCUCCCUGGGAGACACGCUCCGGUAUUGGGCCUCCAUCUACUUCUGCAUCCACAUCCUGGCCUUGGCGGCCCUGGGGCUGGGGCUGGCCCUGGGUGGGGGCAGCCCCAGCCGGAGGAAGACGGCGCCCCAGGCCACCAGCCUUGCCCCAGAAAAGCUCCGGGAGGAGUAGGGAGGAGGCGGCUGCCGCCACGAAGGUCCCUCGGCUUGUCAGUCCAGCCACCACGCUUUUGCCUGGGAAUCCCGGGAACCAGGCUGCUGUGUCCUUUCCCAGAAAGAGCCGAAUUUGGCUGAGGGCCUGGGGAGGAUUCCCAUUCCUCAGCUCUGCCCCCCCACCCCAUGCAGCAAGGCGGGGCGGGGGGUGCCCUCCCUGCUCCCCUGCCGUCUGCCCUGAGGGCUCAGGAGGCUGUUUUCCCUCCUGGAAAGUCCAGGUGUUGUCCAGGGGAGAAGCCCCCUUUGUCCCCGCCCCAGCAUCCAGGGAUUCAGGCGAGCGCCCCCAGCAGGGGCCCCUGGGCCACAGGGUUUCCCCGUCAGAUUCCCCUCUUCUGGCCCCACGGUGUGGGGCGGGAGCUGCCCGGCAGGUUCUGGGAGUGGGGAACCUCUCUCGAGGCCUUUGCCCGACGUUCAUAGAACAGCGUUUCAAGCCUGGCAGGGAACAUAACCCUCCCAUUUCAUAACGGGGAAACUGAGGCACCAAGGAGCAGGCCUUUGGACAUGGUUCUUGCAGCUUCCAUCGGAGCCACCUCAGCCCCAGCGCUCCUGUCACCCUCUUGUCAUUCUCUGGCCUAAAAUAGGAUCAGAAUGUGUGAACUCCCCCAAUAAAAUGUUUCAC